CGGAGUGGGAGAGGGCCGGAGAAGCCUGCCCGCUGCACCUGUCUCGGGCCCCCUCCUUUCUUUGGAGCCAGGCCCUGUUUGCCCAGAGUUCUGUCACCCUCUCCCCUUUGUCCCAUGACGCUAAGGGCUUGGGCGCUGAGAUAGGGCCCCUGACCGUUUCAACACCGCCUGGGCCGGCGUGUCCGAAUGGUCAGCAGCCCCCGACUCCCCACCUCCAUUCACGCGCCCCCCGCGUUGCCGCUUCACUGAGGCCUGACGGCUCCGUUAUUAAUUAACCCAGAUUGAGAACUCAGGCCCCCUGUGUGAGUGAGAGAGGGAGGCGAGGACACAACGUGGUUGGGGCAGCCGCGUUUGGAAACUGGCAGGGGGUUAAGAGAGCCAGGGAAACCAGCCUUGAGCAGUGUCUAGCUUCCUGGGGUCAGUGACCCGCGCAGGGGGGUGGUGGAGGCUGGUGUGGACCAGUCACUUCCCUGAGCAUGGGGCCUCCUGGAGAGGCAGGUUAGACUGUUUCCAUGGUGUGUGCAGCGGCCCUUAGGUGGGAUUUUCCACUCUGCUUGGGCAUGUGCUCGGGGGUUGGGUUUCCAGGGUGUGGGUCUGAGCCCUGUGCACCUGCUGCCCCUCCUUGGGUCAAUCCCUCAUGCGUUCACUCUCCUGUGUGGGCUGGGCUGCACCUCAGGCCAGGAGGAGGGUGACCAGAUCAGGGCCUGCCCCUGGAGGUCCCAGCUGGGUGAGAGAGGGCCCCAAUAGAGCGGUGCCAGCCGUGUGGGCAGCCAGAUCGGAUGUUCCUUCCCAGCGGGUGUCCCAGGAGGCCUUUGUGCUUUAGGCCCAGGGCUCCUGCUGCUGGUGCAGGUGGAGGUGGGCUGGGGGCUGUGCUUGCAGGCUCCGCAACGCUAAAGGGACUGCCUGGCCAGAGGGGGAGCCGGGUGGGGAUGAGAGCGGAGGGGUGAACUGUGAGGACCCUCUGGGUGCUGGGUAAGGGAGCUGGGCUUUGUCUCUGGGGGCGAGACAUUCUUCAACCUUUGGUGGUGGCAGAGCCCCUGGGUGGCCCAGUGCUCGGUGUGGAGUGUCGGGAGUAUGGAUACACUUGAUUCUGUCCUGUGACCACAACCCGCUACAUGUCCGUGGUAUAAAAUCACCACUGUGAGCUCACACGUGCCUGAUCACCUGUGUCAUCGGCUGUUUCUGAAGUUGUAGCCUAACACACAUGCUCAUGGAAGCAGCUGCCCAAGGGUUCAGAAAAACAGCAUCCACAUCAUGCGUAUAUGAGCAUAUAUUUGCACAUGCUUGCUCGUGCGUGUGUGGAGGGGGCUCUCCGGUCAUCUGCCUCCGUGGGAACUGGCUGUUCUCGCCUGAGAGUGUGGACCAGCAGGACGAGGCCAGUGGGCUGGAGCUGAGAAAGGCCUCGGACUCGUGCGUCAUGGAGAACGGGCACCAGCCAGGGGCAGGUCUGGGCGAUGGACCCCCGGAUGCUAGCCAAGCCUUCCCGGUACCAGAGCCCCCAAAGCCUCGCCCCGUGAGCCUCUCCUUGCGGCAGCCUCACCAGCCCGUCACGGCCGUCACUCGGGUCUCUGAGCGGUUCUCGGGGGAGACCUCAGCCGCGGUGCUCUCGCCCACGUCCGCCGCCAUCCUGGGGGGCCUCAGCCCGAGCCCCAGUGAGGCCACCACACCCUGGACUCCCUGUCCCAGCGCUUCCUCUCUGUCAACUGCUGGCCAAGAGAAGAAUCCUUCCGUCCCACGGUCGAGCCCCGGCUAUGGGGCAGUGUCGGCAGGCAGGAACAGUGACAGCCCGCCCCUGGUGACGCCGCCCCGGUCGCCCCCAUCUCCCCCGCCGCCAGCCACCGCCCAGGCCCGGCGCCGGGAGCUGGUGAGGUCGCAGACGCUGCCCCGCACGUCGGGAGCGCAGGCCCGGAAGGCCUUGUUUGAGAAGUGGGAGCAGGAUACCGCGGGCAAGGGCAAAGGCGAGGUGCGGGCCAAGCUGAAGCGGUCCCAGAGCUUUGGCGUGGCCAGUGCCGGCAGCAUCAAGCAGCUUCUCCUCGAGUGGUGUCGCAAGAAGACUCUCGGCUACCAGCACGUAGACCUGCAGAACUUCUCCUCCAGCUGGAGCGACGGGAUGGCCUUCUGCGCCCUGGUGCACUCCUUCUUCCCCGACGCCUUCGACUAUAGCGCCCUGAGCCCCGCGCAGCGGCAGAAGAACUUCGAGCUGGCCUUCACCAUGGCUGAGAAUCUGGCCAACUGCGAGCGCCUCAUCGAGGUGGAGGACAUGAUGGUGAUGGGCCGCAAGCCGGACCCCAUGUGCGUCUUCACCUACGUCCAGUCGUUGUACAACCACCUGCGUCGCUUUGAAUGAAGCCCAUGGGGCCCGGACGGCCAGGGCCAACCCCCGGAGGAGACCCCCUGGACGACCAGGGCCAACUCCCCGCGUGGGGCAACCCCAGCGGUUUGGUGUGAGAGCGCUGUUGUUCCGUGGCGUGUGGGAUGCCGUCUGGCCCGCUGUGUUGUUUGAUGUGGGCACUGCGCGCUGUGCUCUGCGUGGGUCGCGGCCAGGGCUCCAAGGAAGAGGGAGAGCUACCAGAGAGCGCGAUGGGUGCUAAGUGAUUAUCUCCCUUCAAAUAAAAGGCUUGCCUGUGGAUUCUGGAAUGUGAGAUCGUUUUCCCGCUGGUGAAUUUGAUACAUUGGCUUCACAGGGUUACACUGGUUCCCAGGUGUGUUUAUCACAAUACCCAGAGUUCCCUACCUCCCCACACUAUCGUGGGCUCCUCUCCUCCCCCCUCUGGGCCUCUGCCAGGAAGCGGGGGGGAUGCUCCAUCAGCAGCCUGACACGGAAGACCACGCACGUCUUGGGAAGAAACCGUCUAAUCUCUCCCGGGUCCUGGGCAACAGAUGACCUUCAAGUCACCCUGGCUCUCUGGGGAGAUGAGAAGGCUGUCGCCUGGUCCGAAAGCGCCCCAUCCUUCCCGGGAGGCCCCACAAGUGCCUGGCUAAGAAUAGGCUCUCAGGAGGUUAACGCUUUUAGGGAAGGACGAGGCCCUUUGUGCAGAGACGUAGUUUUUAUUAACAUCUUUUUAGGGGAUUUGCUGCAGAUACGUAUGGAAAGUAAUUGCGUCUGUACCGUUGACUGUUUGUACAUAAAGAAUUGUGUCAAACUUCA